AGCAUUUUCAGAUUUUCUUGUCUUUGAUCCACUGUGAGUAGUUGCUGCAUGCAGGGGUGGAGUCACGGAUCUAGUAUGAUUCGUUUACCUGUGGAUACCCGUUCUUCCAGCCCCAGUGUGUGUUUUGACGCCUUUGCUGAAAGUGGGUGGCUCAUUAGGAGGCGUGGUCUUACUCUGUGGGUCCGCCAACCUGUUGUAUGCACCAACAACCAUGUGUUUUGUUCCAUCUGUAUCGACUUGUGGUUGAAGAAUAACAGCCAGUGUCCAGCUUGCAGAGUUCCUAUCACUGCAGAAAAUCCUUGCAAAGAGAUUAUUGGAGGAACAGGUGAAAGUGAACCUUUGCUGAGCCCUACAGUCAGGAAGCACCUUCGGAGAACACGACUGGAACUGCUCCACAAAGAGUAUGAGGACGAAAUAGAUUGUUUGCAGAAAGAAGUGGAAGAACUGAAAAGUAAAAACCUCAGCUUGGAAUCACAGAUCAAGACUAUUCUGGAUCCUUUAACCCUGAUGCAGGGCAGCCAGAGCGAAGACAAACAGCCUGUGGCAGACACUCCAAGUAAACUUGACUCAGAAACAGUAGCAGAGUGGAAGAAAAAGCUCAGGACAGCUAACGAGAUCUAUGAAAAAGUGAAAGAUGAUGUGGACAAGUUAAAAGAGGCAAAUAAAAAGUUGAAGUUGGAAAACGGUGGCCUUCUGAGGGAGAAUUUACGACUAAAGGCUGAAGUUGACAACAGAUCUCCCCAAAAGUUUGGAAGGUUUACAGUUGCUGCUCUUCAGUCCAAAGUAGAACAGUACGAACGUGAAACCAAUCGCCUCAAGAAAGCUCUAGAACGAAGUGAUAAAUAUAUAGAGGAACUAGAAUCUCAAGUAGCACAACUGAAACAUUCAGAUGAGUCAAAGGAAGAGAUGGACGCCCUUUGCCAGAGGGCGCCCUCUGCGGAUGGCAAGGGACCCAAAGGCAGUGAUGAGGUUGUGGCAUCAAAGAGCCAGGGUGACAGUGCCAGGCUGCAGGCUGGCUCAGCCACCUCUACUUCAGCUUCUCACCUAACAGCACCUAGUGGCAGACAGGAGAGCACCAGCAAGACUGAACCAAACUGCCCCAAGAACAAAGACAGAUACCCCAAGCCCACAGAGAUGCUGCUGGGUAUGCGAGAGACACCAAUGGAUGCUUACUUGGAAGGAGAGUGGGGCAGCAAGCCAAGUGACUGUGCACCCUACAAAGAGGAAGAGCUCUAUGACCUCCCGGCUCCUUGCACUCCUUUGUCCCUGAGCUGCCUUCAGCUCAACACUCCGGAAAGCAGGGAGAGCUCCGUCAUCAAAGCAGGGAGUUCCAAAAAGCAUGCAAACCACCUCAGAAAACUGGUGUUUGAUGAUUUUUCUGAUUCUUCCAAUGCCUGUAAUAACAAUUCAGAGGAUGAUAUAAGUCGAAGUGAAAAUGAAAAGAAGUCAGACCAUUUUGCUUCUACAAAGACAGGGUUUUGGGAUUGUUGCUCCACAAGCUAUGCCCAAAGCCUGGAGUUUGAGAGUAACGAGGGGAACACUAUAGCAAACUCUGUUGGUGAAAUACCUUCAAAAUUGAGUGAGAGGUCAGGAUCAUGCUUGUCCAAGAGACUAAAUUGCAUUCGCUCUCUUGAAAUGAACCGGACAAGAACAUCCAGCGAAGCGUCCAUGGAUGCUGCUUAUCUUGACAAAAUCUCCGAGCUGGAUUCCAUGAUGUCGGAAUCAGACAACAGCAAGAGCCCUUGUAGUAACGGUUUUAAAUCAGGGGAGUUAGAGGGGUCCUCAAAGUCCCCUCGAGGCAGUGAGUUUCUUGAGGAACCUGACAAGUUGGAAGAAGGAACUAAACUGAAUCUGUCCAAAAAUGCUCUCACUACUGAUCAGUUAGAAAGCGGAAGUGAGUGGAAACCCGCUUCCUUUUUCCUCCUCUCUCCAUCUGACCAGGAGAUGAGUGAAGAUUUUUCUCUCCAUCCCGCUUCUAACUCAGGAGCCAGUGAAAUCAAACCCCAGGGCUGUCUGUUUCAGACAGAGUUUUCCCAGGGUGUUCUGUUAAGCGGUUCCCAUGGACUGUUUGAAGAUCAGAGGUUUGGGUCCUCUUUAUUUAAGAUGUCUUCAGAGAUGCAGAGCCUUCACAGUCACCUUCAGUCUCCCUGGUCCACCUCCUUUGUGUCUGAAAAGAGGAGUAAGAGUGUGAAUCAGUCAGCGAAAAGGAAGAUACAGAGCAGCCUUUCCAACGCCAGCCCGUCCAAAGCAACCAAAAGCUGAGUCAACCAGGAUCCUUGUGGCUCGUCCUGAAAAGGUUGUGGAUGCUUUUCAUGUUACUGUAGUCACUUCAUGACGGUUCUAUACAAUCCCGAACUGAUAAUCUUCAGGAAAGUGUCAAGUCAGAGAAUGGGUACCCUGUCUCCAGGGUACUUCGUCUUGAAGAAACUUUGGGCUUUUCAUUGAUGAUCUUUCUUACCAGAGAGGUUAGGGGGGAGGGUUUCAUCUGUCUCUGUAUUGU